AAUAAACAGAGAGCGUGGGGACGGCCUUCCACAGUCACAAGAAGACAACCACAAAAUAAUAGCUUCAUUCUUCUUUCUCUUUCUCUAUAGAUUCUCUUUUUUACUUUAUUUCCUCUCCACUCAGAGUCUUUCACUCCACCCUGUUUUAAUUCACCUUUUUUUUUUAUUGCUUGUUUUUUGUUAUAUAAAUCCCAUCCUUCAAGGGCUAAAACUUCAAACCCACAUAGCUUCCGUUCUCAGCUUUUCCAUCUUCUGUCAUCGUCUGCACACAGAUUGGAUCUGAUUAGACAAUGGAAAAAUCUGAUUUCUGCUUCUUGAGCUAAUAAAAAACUGAAUUUUGUGGAUUUAGGUGGUGCACAUGUCGACUCCUGCAAGGAAGAGGCUUAUGAGAGAUUUUAAGAGGUUGCAACACGAUCCGCCGGCUGGCAUUAGUGGGGCACCCCAUGACAACAAUAUUAUGCUCUGGAAUGCUGUGAUAUUUGGUCCUGAUGAUACUCCAUGGGAUGGAGGUACAUUCAAGCUGACUCUUCAGUUUGCAGAGGAAUAUCCAAACAAACCGCCAACCGUGCGAUUUAUUUCUCGAAUGUUUCAUCCAAAUAUUUAUGCCGAUGGGAGUAUUUGUUUGGAUAUUUUACAAAACCAAUGGAGUCCUAUAUAUGACGUAGCUGCUAUACUGACAUCUAUCCAGUCAUUGCUCUGUGAUCCCAAUCCAAAUUCUCCUGCAAAUUCAGAAGCUGCUCGGAUGUUUAGUGAGAAUAAGCGCGAGUACAACCGAAGAGUAAGGCAAAUAGUGGAGCAGAGCUGGACAGUAGACUAGCCCCAUGUGAGAUUGCUGGGGCAAUUCAAGUCUUAAGUUUUCGAGGCAUGUUACAGUGAACAUUAUGGAUUCAUAACCUUGAAAUUAUCCUGUAUUUCUUAUGUCAUCCUUUCUUAUUAUGAAUGUUAGAGCUAUUUGAUCCUUAUUAUAGUGUGGAUGUUGCGCGUUUUGUGCAUCUGUGCUUGUGUAAAAUAGCAUUUUAUGUAUCAACUUGCAUUUCUUUUUUAUGAAAUGUCAUGCUUUGAAAUACAAGAGUCCGAUUAGAAUGA